AUGAACAGACAAGAAGAAGAAGAACCCACCACCACAGAUAAUAACGGUAACACAAAACAAGAAGAAGGACGAGUUUCUGUUUCUUACAUGUCAGCAACAUCUGCAGCUAUGGACAAAGUGGCGGCGGCGGCGCUCCGAUCGGUGCUUCACCGUGUGUCUCAAGCAGCAGAGAAGGCUGGUCGUGGGACCCAGCAGAUCAGAGUGGUGGCUGUCAGCAAGACCAAACCAGUCUCUCUAAUCAAACAAGUCUACGAUGUGGGUCACCGUUGUUUUGGUGAAAACUACGUUCAAGAACUCAUAGAAAAGGCACCCCAGUUGCCAGAGGAUAUAGAGUGGCAUUUCAUUGGGAAUUUGCAGAGCAACAAAGUGAAACCUUUACUGGCUAGUGUACCAAACCUUGAUAUGGUAGAGAGUGUGGAUGAUGAAAAGAUUGCCAAUCAUCUUGAUCGUGGGGUUGGGAACUUGGGAAGGAAGCCCUUAAAGGUCUUGGUCCAAGUGAAUACCAGUGGUGAAGAAUCAAAAUCUGGUGUUGAGCCCUCAGGUUGUGUGGAACUGGCCAAACAUGUUAGUCAGAGUUGCAAGAACCUUCAGUUUUGUGGCCUAAUGACAAUAGGGAUGCUUGACUAUACAUCAACCCCAGAAAACUUCAAGACAUUGGCAAACUGCAGAAGUGAGGUUUGCAAGGCCCUUGGUAUACCAGAAGAGCAGUGCGAGCUCUCAAUGGGAAUGUCUAAUGACUUUGAGCAAGCUGUAAGUAAUGCUGCCGGCUUCAACAGGCGCAGAGGUGCUAAGCAUAAGACAGCCCUAAAGGCGGUGAUGGUGAUAAUAGGAUUUUUCCUUGUUGUUUACAUUGUCGGCCCAUCUAUAUAUUGGCAUCUUUCUGAAUUUCUAACGGCCAAGAUUCGUUCUUCUACCCUUCAUUGUCAUCGUUGCUCCUGUGAUUGCUCUUAUCAACCCGUCCUUACCCUCCCUGAUGUUUUUGUGUUUGGAUUUUCCUUGGUGAAAAAGGGUCCAAAAUGCAUUUAUGGGGACAUAAUUUUACUACCGAAAGUUAAGAUCUUUGUGUUUGACUAUGUGAUCUUCGACACAUAUAAAGUUUUCUCAUUUGGUUGUGCAUAUUAUGGAUCAAUGAUUUUUGAAGUAAUUUUUCAAUUGGGAGAAGAAUGGGGUUUUUGUUCUUUCCUAAUUGCGGAAAUGUUGAUUAGUAGGGAUUGUACAUGGCUUCAAUGGAAUGGAUUAAGUUUGUCUGAUCUGGUGGUACGAUUUGAUUACUUGGAGGUUACACAGUUGUUUAUAGCUGUGAACAUGCUGAUGAAACAGAUUAAAAACAUGAAUCUGGAAUGUGUUCGGAAUUCCUGGCCAUAUCCUUAUCAAAAUCCCAGAUUGAGCAACAGCUCGUUUACAGAUUGUAUGAAGCAUGAUCCUGAAGUGAGCCAUGAGAUAGAGAAAAGUUUUAGAGAUCUGUUGUGGGAAGAACUAAGGUUAAAUGAAGAAGAGGCUCAGAAAAAACAACAGCACGCAGACGUGGCACUGUUGGAGGCCAAGAGAAUGACAUCUCAGUACCAGAAAGAGGCAGAGAAAUGCAAUGCUGGAAUGGAUACCUGCGAAGCGGCAAGGGAAAGAGCUGAAGAAGUAUUAGAAGAUCAGAGGAAACUUAGUGCAAUAUGGGAGUUCAGGGCUCGCGAGAGAGGGUGGAGAGAAGGCCUCAUGCCCAUCAUGAGAUCUCAUGUUAAUCAAAACUUCGAAUAG